UUUUGCUUGCGUGAUCCAUGUACUUCAAACACACGUGGAUUCUGUGUCCAGCGGUGAUAUGCUUGUCAAAAACAUCUGCAUGAGAAUUACCCGAUGAGAUGGUGCCUAUCUAGAAACUGAGUGCUUGACACUGUGCUUGCCAGAUCAUAUAAACAUAUCUAUAGUCCCACCCAAGGCCCAACCCUGGAUUAAAUUGUCUAGCGUGAUCAUCAUGGAGAAUGGUUUGGAUGAGGACGACACGCUGGAUGAGUCGAUCGGUGAGGUGGAGAAACCAGUGAAACUCAGGCCAAAAGCUUCAUCAACCCGACCCGAAGGAAGAGCUCCCACAAUGACCAUCGAAGCAGUCCGAGUUGGGCGACCGAUGAAAGUCUUGGCCCUUCUCGCGAGUAUUCUGAGCCUAAUCCUGUUCAUCAUCGGCACAGUCAGCACCUCCUGGAUGUUUACAAACAACCUACGACUGGGAGUGUUCCAGCAAUGUGAUCAAUUGUCAUUGAUCGAAAUGGACCCCAAUCCUGAAUUCGUGUGCUCUUUCGAUUAUCAGAGGACAUGGGAGCAAUGGACAUGCCUUGUUCUGGAUACAGUAGCCAUUUCUUUAACCCUGAUUGGAGUUAUACUCAUGAUCGCUGCCCUGCUCACUUUGGUCGUGAAACACAAGUAUAAAUUGUACAAAGCCGUGCUGAGUUUCAACAGCAUCGCAUCCUUUGAAGAGGAGCUGGGUUUGCGAUUUCUCACACUUAUAUUGAGUGGGGUUCGCCAAGAACGCUGGAUCAAUCCCACUGUUUAUGUCUCAAUUCGGCGUGAUGCUCAGAUGUGUUUUUCGGAAGGGUUCAGUAUGUUGACAAACGUCAUCCUAUUUCCCGUCAGUUUCUACUACCGAACAAAUCACAAUGCACUACAGUUUGGUUACAAAGAUGACGAGGAACCAGAAUUCAUGGUCGGAUGGUCCUAUGUGGUUUGCACGUGUGGUUUGCUUCCCCUCCUGCUGGCAAUCGUGCUUUUGGCUCUGGAUCGUAAAAGCGAGGAAAUCAUAUACCAAGAAACCAUAUUCCAAGACUCUGUCGCAGUCGCCGACUGCAACAAUGAGUGAAUUUUUUCCAAAAGGACCUAUUGGCUAGUGCUUUCCUAUUGGUUUUGCCUUAUAGCUUUCACGAUAUGCAAAUGAACGAAAAUAACAGCAUGUCUCCCCCUCUUUCGAAUGUUACAUUAUUACCGUUAUUGUUGUUAUUCGCAUUGUUGUUCUUGGUGUAACGGAAAUUGAAUGCACCUGACUGAUUUCCUGGUCGCUAGUGCCUACUAGAGCUGUACUUUCGAGGUUGCGGCGAACGGCAGCAGUGCGCCGACGGGGGCACAACGGCAAAGUGGGCUGAUAGGUCAAUGGCAAAUCCCUGUUCCUGAAUGUGUUGGACGUUUAUCACGUGUGAUCGGUUGUCAAUUGCACACUAAAUGGAAUCACUGAUUUGUUAUGCCGAGUUCCUCCUUACGAAAAGUAGUCGUGUAGUUAAAAUCUCUUUUUCACAUUUACUGGAACCUCUGUAUGUAUUUGGUUUCAAAACGCGGAACAAUUGAGUUUUUGUGAUUAUGUUGUACUUGUAUGAAUCCGCUCUUUUC